AUGUCUCCAUCCACGUCCCCUCGCGUCUUCACUGAGAGGGAGGUUGCCCAACACUGCACCAAGGACUCCUGCUGGGUCCUUCUGGGCACCAGGGUGUACGAUGUGACCAACUUUCUCCGGAUGCACCCAGGCGGAGAUGCACUUAUUCUGCAGCGAUCUGGGAAGGACAUCAGCCCGGAGAUGGAGGGCCCCCCGCACCGGCACUCUGAGAAUGCCCGCCGCUGGAUGGAGCAAUAUUACAUUGGGGAACUGGACAGAGACAGCAGCUUUGAGGAGGCGCAGACUUUAAGGGAACGGAGGAACGGCCACAGUCACUCAGAAGACGGCCUCAGUAAGAAGAGCUCAGAGGGAGAAGACUCCAUGUUCAACCUGUGCAGCCCGGUGGACCUGGACAAUGAUUUGGUGGACUGGAGGAAGCCUCUGGCGUGGCAGGUGGGACAUCUGAGGGAGAAAUAUGAUGCGUGGGUCCAUCAGCCCGUCGACCGACCGAUCCGGCUGUUUGGAAACCCCUUCAUGGAGGCCAGCACCAAAACGUCAUGGUACUGGGUCCCCAUUGUGUGGAUUCCUGUCAUCAUUUAUCUAAGUUGGUAUUGCUACACAGUCCUGGCAAAAGGCAAAAGCAGGAUAGAGGUGACCACAGACAUGUCCAUUCCAGUGCAUACAUCCGUGUUCCCAGCCCUCUUCAUGAUGGGCUGGUUCCUCUGGUCCUUCAUCGAAUACUGCAUCCACCGCUUUCUCUUUCACAUGAAGCCACCAGCCCAUAACUAUUACCUCAUCACCAUACAUUUCCUUCUGCACGGGCAGCAUCACAAGUCUCCGUUUGAUGGCUCCAGGCUGGUGUUUCCCCCUGGACUGGCCUCCUUUGUGGUGGGAUCCUUUUACCUGAUGCUGAGGAGUACGCUUCCGGAGAUCAUCGGCAUGUCGGUGUUUGUAGGAGGCCUGUGUGGCUACGUGGUCUAUGACAUGAUCCACUACUAUCUGCACUACGGAUCACCAAAGAAAGGCUCAUAUUUGUACAGCCUCAAAGCCUAUCAUGUCAAACACCAUUUUGAGCACCAAAAAUCAGGUUUUGGAAUCACCACCACAUUUUGGGACCACCCCUUUAAGACACUCAUCCCAGACGAGAAGUUCUAA